AUGCCCAAGAAUAAGGGAAAAGGAGGAAAGAACCGCAGACGUGGAAAGAACGAGUCUGACCACGAGAAGCGUGAGCUCACCUUCAAGGAGGAUGGCCAAGAAUACGCCCAAGUCGUAAAGAUGCUCGGCAACGGCCGCCUCGAAGCCCAGUGCUUCGACGGCGUCAAGCGCCUCGCCAACAUCCGCGGCAAGCUCCGCAAAAAGGUCUGGAUCAACCAGGGCGACAUCAUCCUUCUCUCCCUGCGCGAGUACCAGGACGACAAGGGCGACGUCAUCCUCAAGUACACCGCCGACGAGGCCCGCUCCCUCAAGGCCUACGGCGAGCUCCCCGAGUCUGCCAAGAUCAACGAGACGGACACCUACGGCGCCGACGGCGACGGCGACUGCAACUUUGAGUUCGACGACGACCGCGACUCGGAGGAGAGCGACGACGAGGGCGCCGCUGGUGGCGCCGGCAAGAAGGAGGUUGACAUUGAUGACAUUUAA